UUCUGUAACGAGUCCAAAACUGAAGACAUGUAUAAAUAUGUAAACAUUUCAAAUAUUAAUUGUCUUUUAAUUACUAAAAUAGAAGUGUAUACAAGGAGACGGUUUAGAAGUCUCAAAGAAUUUGAAGACCAUUUAGAAAGAUUAGAUGAGUUAUCUACUCCUCGAAAAUCAUCAAGCGUAUCAAGUGAUUUCACAUCUAAACAUUACUACCCAAGAAUUCCACUGAGAAAAUUAUCAACAAGAUUAGAUAAACUGUCGAUACCAAUUAAGCGUAAUGACUUUAUAAAUUUAAAAUCAGACGAAGAAACAUUUUCCGUGAAAAAAUCUUCUCUAAAAUUUGUAGCAAGUGAACGAAUUAAACAAUUAGCGACACAUCGGCCCUUACAUCCAAGCACAAUCAAAGAUCUUAAUUAUGAUCCUUAUGCAAAAAUAAAAUGCGCACUAAAAUUUACGCCAUCUGAGAGAAUUUUGAAAUUGGCCAAACCAAGUUCUUGUAGAAGUGAUGAUAAUAGUAGCCGACGAUCGAAUAAUAAUUUAACACGAAGUAGAUCUAAAAAAAAGAUGAUAACGAACAAUGGUCAAAUCUACUACUAUCUUUGUUUGUUUUGUUUUUUCUAUCCACUUGAAGUAAAAGAAAAGCAAAAGCAUAGAAAGUCAUUGUUUCGUCAUUUGGGAAAAGCUCGUCCUAUUGUAAAAACUGAUCCAAUUACAUCCUUAACACCCGAAGAAAAUAAUAUAUGA